AUGUCUCUUAAAAUGGUUCAAGUUGCUGUGUCAGUUCUGCUGCUUACAGGUGUAUUGGGAGCACCAUUUGUGUCUGAAGAAGAAGCAAAUGAGUUUAUACAACUUAAAAGACAAACACUAUAUUCUCGGAAUUAUUGGGAUCCAAGCAACAGCCAGAAUGCAUGGGGUUACACUCUUGCUGAACAGGUUAGUGAAUCAUGGACGGCUUUGAGAACCACAACACAGUACUACAUGGACUUGGGAUCUUUUGCCUUUCAUCCUGCCACUGCCCGGUGA